AUGGAACUGGCGAAAAUCGGUUCUAGAGGGCUCGAUGGGACUGAUUUAUUGAAAAUCCGCCAGCUUCAGAAGCAGAAACAGGAACAGGCUGCACGAGAGGCAGAACAAAACGGCUCAACCGUCUCUACUGGCUCAUCCAGAUCGUCCUCAGUCGCGGUCUCGGCCGCCAGACUUCGCGUGCAGAAAGAUAUCACCGAGUUGGACCUUCCGGAGUCUAUUAAAAUAACAUUUCCCAGAUCAGACGACACAAUGAACUUCCAGCUUGUGAUCAGCCCGUGCGAGGGACCGUAUUACGGCGGAAAGUUCCCCUUCUCCAUCGCCAUAGAUGACAACUACCCGAUCGAGCCGCCUAAGAUCAAGUGCGGGGUCAAGAUAUAUCAUCCGAACAUUGACUACGAGGGGAAUGUGUGCUUGAACAUCUUGCGCGAGGACUGGACGCCAAUUUUGAACUUGAACAGCAUCUUUAUCGGCCUCCAGUUUUUGUUUUCUGAGCCUAACGGCCACGAUCCGUUGAACAAGGACGCUGCAAACGACUUGUUGAAGAACAAAAAGGCGUUUGAGACGAACGUCCGCCGCAGCAUGACGGGCUCGCACGUGAAUGGCGAGACCUUUGACCGGGUAGCGUAG